AUACGAUAUCUAUAUUAUAUGAACAGUAUUGCGAGUAAACUUCUCAAGUUUAAAUAAAACAUCUUAACGCGAAUCACAAUAUGAAAGUCUUGAUUAUAUUCUGCGCUUUACUAGCUGUAGCCAUGGCUGUUCCUUGGGGCGGUAGUUACGGUUGGGGUGGCAACUAUGGACAUAAUUAUGGCUGGAAUGGUAACGGUGGAGGCUAUUAUACUUCGUAUCCAGUAUACAGGGUUGCACGAACCGGCCACAACGGUUGGGGCUACGGCUGGGGUGGCAAUUAUCGUAACGGUUGGGGCAAUAAUUAUCAUCAUGGUUGGUGGUAAAGAGCGACAAGGACGCGUGAAAAAAGUUCUCGGAUAUCCUGGCGUAUUUUAAUUUCGUUUAAAUUUAAUGUUACUCUUAAAUUGAAAAUAACAAAAAAAAAAAAAAAA